AUGCUACUAUCACACGAUUACAAUAGUAGGCGCUCCUCAGCAGCAUCGCAGUCCCGAAACAUCCGUAUGACAGUGCUUAAAAACAUGUUCAAAAAGGUAGCCUUUACGAGAUCGACCGCGAAGAAGGUCCUGCUAGUGCUGUGCCUGAUGGCCCUUCCCAGCUGGCUGCUGCUGUACUGGAACAACAGCUCGGAAUCACCGAAACCGUUCCCGUCGAUGGCUGUCGGUAUCUACAAUUCGCACGUCCUCGAUAGCAGCUUCGAAGGUUUCGUGGGUCGUGAUAACGGCCGCACCAGCGCCAUUCCGAUAAGCCCCAUCGAGCGGUCGUGGACGUACAGGUGCGUGAACAACCGAUGCGUGCGGCACCAUUUCGUGGAUGGCGUCGAGGAGGACUUCGAGACGACCGGUGGUAACAACCUUCACCAGCAAACGCAGCAACAAACCCACGGUGGAACCGGCAGCAGCAGCAGCAGCACGAAUCCUGCCUCCGGCAAGCGAAUACCCUUCCUAACGUGCACGAUGACCUGCGGGCCAAUCAACAUCUGGCCACAACCGACCGGGGCUACCAAGAUUGGCAGUAAAACAUCCCGCUUUCGGUUGUCGGAUAUGCACGUGAAAGUCGUGACCCCGGGCUUUGGGGCUGUCGAAAAGCUGCUUCACGAAGCGUCCGAUGUACUGAGGACUGAGAUCCGCGGUGUGAUGGUAGCCCGUGGUGCCACGCUGGAGGAGAUCGAAGGCGCUGUACCGGCUGGAACCGUUCCCGCAGGAGUGCAGAUGGCUUCAACUGCCGAACAGCAGCGCGUGACGGCGGAUCCGGACGAUGCAGGAAGCUCGGUAAAACGUCAAUCGGCCAGCGGCAACGAUGCAGGCGGUGGCUUUGGAAAGAUCCACUUCUUCAAGCUGGUCAGCGAUAAGCGGUACGAUGUGGAUGCGUUUGAAGUGAACAUUCACGUGGAGAAGUCGGGCGAUACGCACCUGACGAUGCACACGGACGAGAGCUACAACGUCACGGUGACACAUUCUGCACGAGUCCUGAUCGUGAAAAUAACCGCCAACACGUUCUUCGGGGCCAAACACGGUCUCACGACGCUGCAGCAGCUGAUUUGGUUCGAUGACGAGGAACGUACGCUAAAGGUCCUGAACAAGGUGUCCAUUGAAGAUGUGCCAAAAUUCAACUACCGUGGCCUUAUGCUCGAUACCUCCCGACACUACUUUACGGUGGAUGCGAUCAAACGCACCCUCGUCGGCAUGUCCCACUCGAAACUGAACCGGUUCCACUGGCACAUCACGGAUUCGCAGAGUUUCCCGCUCGUCUCGAAGUAUUACCCGCAGCUGGCCCGGUACGGGGCGUACUCCGAGCGCGAGGUGUACACGCCGGAUGACGUGCGUGAGCUAGCGGCGUUUGCGAAGGUGCGCGGCAUUCAGAUCAUCCCUGAGAUCGAUGCACCGGCACACGCCGGCAAUGGAUGGGACUGGGGUCCGAAGCAUGGACUUGGCGAGCUAAGUCUGUGUAUCAACCAGCAACCCUGGAGUAAUUACUGUGGCGAACCACCGUGUGGUCAGCUGAAUCCGAAAAACAACAACACUUACUUGAUCCUGCAGCGGUUGUACGAGGAGUUGCUCGAGAUCGUCGGCCCGCUAGAUUACUUCCACAUCGGUGGGGAUGAGGUGAACCUCGAGUGCUGGCAGCAACACUUCAAUGACUCCGACAUGCGCACGCUUUGGUGUGAUUUUAUGCUGCAGGCGUACCACCGGUUGCAGUUGGCCAGCACGAGGCAGAACAUGACCGCCCCGAGGAUGGUGGGCGUGUGGUCGAGUGGGCUGACGAGUGCGCCCUGUCUGUCGAAGGGUGCGUUCGCGGUGCAGGUGUGGGGUGGUAGCAAGUGGCCCGAAAACUUCCAACUCAUCAACGGAGGCUAUAGCCUGGUGAUAUCGCACGUGGACGCCUGGUACUUGGACUGUGGCUUUGGUAGCUGGCGAUCGACCGGCGAAGGUGCCUGCUCACCGUACCGGAACUGGCAGACGGUGUACAAACACCGACCAUGGGAGGAGAUGAAGCUAACCUCACUGCAGAUGCGUCAGAUCCUGGGUGGAGAGGCGUGCCUGUGGACGGAACAGGUCGACGAAUCGAUACUGGAUGCGCGACUAUGGCCCCGAGCCUCGGCCCUGGCCGAGCGACUGUGGACGGACCCGAUCGAGGAGCGGUACAGUGAGUCCGUUCCGCUGGAGGUGUACAACCGUAUGUCCGUGUUUCGGAACCACCUGCUCGAGCUGGGGCUGCGAGCGGAACCGAUCUUCCCGAAGUACUGCGCGCAGAACCAAGACGAGUGUGUAUGA